AUGCGCGGCCAUUGCGGCUCCAAGAGCUUCUUCGGCAAGCAGCUGCCUUGCCCCGACAAUGGUCUGGCCAAGGACCCCGAUGAAGACCUGCGAAAGCAGAUCGUUGACCUUUGUGGCGCUAAAUGGAACUCUGGUCCCGUCUGCUGUGAUGCUGAGCAGGUCAACUCGCUCGCCUCCGAGCUCGGCACCCCGAACCAGAUUGUCUCCUCCUGCCCUGCCUGCAAGGACAACUUCUUCAACCUGUUCUGCACCUUCACGUGCUCUCCUGACCAGUCCCUCUUCCUGAACAUCACAAAGACCCAGGAGAAGAACAAAAAGACCAUGGUGACGGAGUUGGACCAGCUGAUCUCAAAGGAUUAUGGAACCGGCUUCUUCGACAGCUGCAAGGAGGUCAAGUUCGGUCCUUCCAACUCCAGGGCCAUUGACUUUAUCGGAGGCGGCGCAAAGAACUACUCCCAGCUGCUUAAGUUCUUGGGAGACGAGAAGGUCAUUGGAUCGCCCUUCCAGAUCAACUUCCCCACCGAGUACAGCGAGCCGGGCAUGGCCCCUCGCGAGAUGACGCCGAAGAAGUGCAACGACGAGGACCCCAACUAUCGCUGUGCCUGCGUAGAUUGUCCUUCUGUCUGUCCGGAGCUCCCGGCCGUCUCGAAACCUGGCGAAUGCCAUGUCGGUCUUUUGCCGUGUCUGUCUUUCGCGGCCAUCUUCACCUACAGCGUCCUCCUUUUCGCCGCCGUUGCCGCCGUCGUUGGUCACGUCGUCUGGAGACGCCGUGCCAAGAGGGAAAGCGAGCGCCUCAGACUGCUGCAAGACGCCUCACCCAGCGACGAUGAGGACGAGGGCGAUCUGGUACAGAAUGGCGCCAUGUUUGACAGACCUCAGAGAUACUACAAGAUCAACACCUGGUGUGACGCGGUCUUCAGCAAGCUCGGCCAUGCAGCGGCACGCUACCAGGGAAUCACCAUUGGUGUUACCCUCAUCGUCGUCAUCAUCCUGAGCGCCGGCUGGGUCAGGUUCGACCUCGAGAAAGACCCUGCGCGCCUCUGGGUUAGCCCCACGUCUCCUGCUGCGCAGGAAAAGGCAUUCUUUGACGAGCAGUUUGGUCCGUUUUACCGCGCCGAGAAAGUCUUCCUGGUCAACGAUCAGCACUCUAGCGGCCCUGCGCCUGUUCUCAGCUACGACACGCUGAUCUGGUGGAUGGACGUUGAAAAGAGCGUCAAGCAAUUGAAGGGCCCCAAGUUUGGCGCCACUCUCAAUGACAUCUGCUUGAAGCCUACCGGCACCUCUUGCGUCGUCCAAUCCGUGGCAAGCUACUUUGGCGACGAGCCAUCGCUUGUUGGCAAGAAUGACUGGGAGGAUCAAUUGCGACAGUGCGCAAAGUCCCCAGUUGAAUGUCGUCCGGAUUUCGGCCUGCCUCUUGAGCCGAACAUGAUUCUCGGCGGUUACGAAGACGAUCCCGCUGCUGCUCAUGCCAUCACAGUCACUUGGGUCGUUCAAAACGCUGCUGAAGGUAGUCCGGCCGUCGAGCGCGCCAUGGACUGGGAGGUAGCACUCCGCGACCGUCUUCUCGAGGUGCAAAAAGAGGCCACGGAUCGAGGACUCCGUCUUUCUUUCUCCACCGAAAUCAGCCUGGAGCAGGAGUUGAAUAAGUCUACCAACACCGAUGCCAAGAUCGUGGUCAUUAGCUACAUCAUCAUGUUCCUCUACGCGUCUCUUGCCCUCGGAUCCACUACGCUGUCGUUCCGGGACAUGAUUAGGAACCCGGCCGUCGCCCUGGUCCAGUCCAAGUUCUCACUCGGCGUUGUUGGCAUCCUGAUUGUUCUCAUGUCCAUCAGCGCCUCUAUCGGUCUAUUCUCCUGGUUCGGACUCAAGGCGACGCUCAUUAUCGCCGAGGUCAUUCCCUUCAUCGUCCUUGCUGUCGGUGUGGACAACAUCUUCCUUAUUGUUCACGAGUUCGAGCGCGUAAACGUCAGCCAUCCUGAUGAGAUGGUCGAGGAGCGCAUUGCCAAGGCCCUGGGACGUAUGGGACCGUCAAUUCUUCUCUCAGCUUUGACCGAGACUGUUGCGUUCGCUCUCGGAACUUUCGUGGGCAUGCCUGCGGUGCGCAACUUUGCCGCCUACGCUGCUGGCGCCGUCUUCAUCAACGCCAUCCUUCAGAUCACGCUUUUCAUUUCGGUCUUGGCCAUGAACCAAAUCCGCGUGGAGGACCACAGGGCAGACUGCAUUCCUUGCCUCCAGGUCAAGGCAGCCCGUGUCCAUCUGAGUGGCGGGAACGGGAACGCCAACGCGCGAUUCUACGAAGUCCCAGAAGAGAGCUGGCUGCAACAGUUCAUCCGCCGUACGUAUGCUCCGGCGAUUCUCGCAAAGCAGGCUAAGGCUAUUAUUUUGGCCAUCUUCCUGGGCCUUUUUGCCGCUGGAAUCGCUCUUAUCCCUGAAGUGCAGCUUGGCUUGGACCAGCGCGUCGCCAUCCCAGACGGCUCCUAUCUUAUUCCCUAUUUCAACGAUCUUUACAAGUACCUGGAGACCGGCCCUCCUGUCUACUUUGUCACCAGAGAGUUCAACGCAACUGCUCGUAAGAACCAACGCGAAAUCUGCGCAAGGUUCACCACUUGCGACCAAUUCUCUCUCGCCAACAUCCUGGAGGGUGAGCGGAAGAGACCCGACGUCUCUUUCAUUUCGUCUCCCGCUGCUAGCUGGAUCGAUGACUUCUUCCUGUGGCUCAACCCUGACCUUGGUGACUCGUGCUGCGUUGAGAACGGCAAGGCAUGCUUCGCUGACCGUAACCCGCCCUGGAAUAUCACCCUUUCGGGCAUGCCCCAGGACGGCGAGUUCGUUCACUACCUCGAAAAGUUCCUCAAGGCGCCCACCAACGACGACUGCCCUCUAGGCGGCCAAGCGUCGUAUGGUCAAGCGGUGGUGAUCGAUUCGGAGAGGGACACUAUUCCUGCCAGCCACUUCAGAACGAUGCAUACCCCGCUCCGUAGCCAGGACGACUUCAUCAACGCUAUGUCAGCAGCCCGAAGAAUCGCAUCCGAUAUUACAAAAUCAACGGGUGUCGAGGUUUUCCCCUACAGUCUUUUCUACAUCUUCUUUGACCAAUACGCCAGCAUCGUCUCGCUCACGGGAGCUCUCCUCGGCUCGGCCGUGGCUAUCAUCUUUGUCAUUUCAUCGAUCCUCUUGGGAUCCCUCAUGACAGCGCUGGUUGUUACCGUCACUGUCUGCAUGACCGUUGUCGAUAUUAUUGGCGCGAUGGCAGUCUUUAACGUGUCACUGAACGCCGUGUCGCUCGUCAACCUCAUUAUUUGCGUCGGCAUCGGCGUGGAGUUUUGCGCGCACAUUGCGAGAGCGUUCAUGUUCCCGUCGCGCACUGUCAUGGAGCGCGCCAAGAACCGCUUCCGUGGCCGCGACGCCCGCGCCUGGACGGCGUUGGUCAACGUGGGAAGCUCCGUCUUCUCCGGCAUCACCGUCACUAAGCUUCUGGGAGUCUUCGUGCUGGCCUUUACGAGGUCAAAGAUUUUUGAGAUCUACUACUUCCGAGUUUGGCUGUCUCUGGUCGUCUUUGCAGGCACUCACGCGCUCAUCUUCCUCCCCGUUGCUCUCAGCUUGUUCGGAGGCGAGGGAUACGUUGACCCUGAGAGUGAGGGCGGCAUCGAGGAGGAUCUUGCCAGCCGCAGAUACCGCGCUCUUGUCCCGGACGAGGACACUGAUUCAGAUGAUGAUUACUAG